CCGCCGGCGUGUUGUCAAUGUCAAUUGUCAAUUGUCAAACCUUAGAUUCCUCCCUGCCUACCUUCGUUAGGCUUUAUUUGUUAAACUUCUCAAUAAAUUCUCAAUUACAAUGCAAACAUAACAUAAUAAUGUUACGUCUCGAUAGUUACGCUAUACAGUUACAGUUUACGUUAGCGAUUUUUCGUAAUCAUUGUUGAAUUUGUGUUGUGAUUGUGACGCUGUGAAUUCAAUCCAUAAUUCACAACGCUAAAAUGGCAAAAACUCAAAUAAACACUAAGUCAAGCAGCUAUAUUAAAGAUAAAGAAGUUUUUCUCAAAGAUCUGAAAUCAUUCAAUGAAAGUAGAAAUAUAUCGUGGAAAACACCUAUAGUGAAUGGUAUAGAAGUUGAUCUUUUCCAUUUGUAUUCACUGGUGCAACAAAGAGGUGGUCUCAGCAAGGUUAACCAAUAUGAUACAUGGGAAUCCUUUUUACGUCCACUAAGGCUGCCACAUCCAUGCGUAAAUGGUUCUACAUUAUUAAGGAGACUUUAUGGCACAUAUUUAGAAAAGUAUGAAAGAGCUAAGGGCCCUCCUGGCAGAGACGAUGACGCCUACGAUUUGGAUGAGGAUCCGCGACGGAGUCGAGCCGGUGGAAUGCCGCGAAUAUCUUUCGGUGGUGGUAUUUAUAUCUCAGCAUCAGGAGAACCCCUUCGCACCGGUACUAGAGUGGCAGGUCCAUCAGAGAGGCUCGCUCUCUCGCUCUUAUCGCCGAUGCCUAACGAGCAAGACUUCGCUGUGAACGUAUGCACAGUAUUAGCUGCGGAUCAUUCUAAUAGAUUGCCUUUGGCCGCCACACCUCAUAUCUUGGAUUUUUUAUUGGCUCAUGCAGGGGUUUAUAAUCAUUCGAGUCUACGGGAUACCAUAGGACGUUCGUACUUCGAAGCCCGUGGGCGAUACCCCGAUGAAUUCUGGGAGAUGCGAGCCGGUGGUGGGGGGGCCAGAGAAUUGGCAGAUGAAACCAAAUUUAUGCAGCCAGGACUCGAACAACCUGAACUUAUGGUCCAAGCUUUGGCUGCUCAUAAUACGUUGACAGACUGCUUAAUGCAAGAGGGUACCGAAGAAGAAAUAGUGGACAAAGUAUUUCAUGAGGAUGUCUUAGAAGAUUGGGUGACAGAACCUUCAGAAGAGAGCCAGUUGUUCGCACCCGUGUUGCCAGGUGGCGCUUCCUGUGUUUACACACAACGAGUAUUGCAAAUAGCGUCUAUCGUCCGCUCUCUGUCUUUCCACGAAGAAAACGUACAGUAUUUGGCCAAGAACACUACACUCAUCAGAUUCUUGUUGCUAUGUGCAAACUGCUGGGUGGGAUCUUUAAGACAAUCCGGACUCGACACUCUUGGAAAUGUUUCGACAGAACUCAUAAUAAAGGAUCCAGCGACUUGUCUGAUCUCAAGGCAUGUUUUAUCCACGAUACAAUCUGCUCUGGUGUCACCCGAUAGAGCCAGAGUGCUCGCUGCACUGGAGUUGUUGAACAAACUUGCGCAAAACGAAGUUAAUGAGGAUGCGUUGUUGAAAGCAUUGGAAGCUAAGGUCUACAGCGACGUCUGCUCAUUGCUAAGUCUUCGCGACAUAAUGGUGCUAGUUUGCACCUUGGAAUGCGUUUACGCAUUAACGUCUCUAGGCGACCGCGCCAGUGAGGCCGUCGCUAGGCUUCCGGGGCUAAUCCAUACGCUUGUGUCAUUAGUCACUGUGGAGGCACAAAGCUACGGGCCCCGCGCCUGCAUCCUCAUGAGAGUUGUGGAAACGGUCAGCGGCCCCAGCGCCAUAGCCGCUGCCAACGAGAGAGACGGCAACAAUCAGACGCCAGCACAGCAGAAGCCUCAAGACUCGGCUCCGCCCCCCGCACAACCUUCAGUCUCCGCCCCCACCACUACCCCAGUUUCUACCCCAGCCCCCACCCCCACACCUACCCCCGCCCCUACCCCCACCCCCGCGCCCGUGAAUACGCUGCAACAAUCGCAUCUGCAGCAGAGGACUGUUCAGGAGAACGAGCAUUUCGCUCAAGCGUGGCUUCGCUCCACAUUCGAGCCGCUGCCUCCCACCGAUAACAGCGCCUACGACACGGGCGAAUUAUAUCGCCAAUACCUCGCCUGCUGCACCAAACUGGGCAGAAAGGGGGUCAUAGCGCCAGCGCAUUUCCCGAGACUUGUGAGGACGAUAUUCGGCGGUACUGUCGGGCCAAACAACGUGACCACAUCUACUGGGGAGACGCAACAAGUCUACAUCGGUAUACGGGCGCGGAAUACUCCAAACAGACCUAGCCAGCCUACAGGACCAUCGUCGCCGAUAUUGAAAGCGCAGCUCACCAAUAAACCUGCACCGGAAGCCAGCAAGCCUGUCGUAACACAAGCUCAGAGUACACUCCAAAGUGUAGUGUCUCACCCGCAUUUAUCGCAAGCGUUGGAGAGUAACCCGUCGAACACAACAUUUAUAAAGCACCUCCUGGCCCACAAAGUAGCACAGAGACAGCAGAGUCAACAGCGAGCCGUACCCGCCACCAACACAGUUGUUGUGCAACAAAACCAGCAGGUGUUGGAAGUCGAUCCGGAAGCGUUAAUAAAAUGCACGACAAUCACACCAGGCGGCGUUGCCAGCAGCACACCCGUACCAGAAAAGGUUAUAAACGCACCAGAGGAAGCAAUGGCGCAGAAAGAAGAAUCCGUUCAAAUACAAAUAGAUGAGCAAGCGCAACUGACUAUAAAAUCAGCUCAAAACAAAAUGCUGGCCGAUUUACUCGAGAAGAAAUCCAACCCGCCCGUACAAGUGGUGCAAAUGGGCCAAACGAUAAACGCUCCUACCAUACAAAUAACCGAAACUGGACAAAUAGUACAAGUUAAAGCAGAUGCUGAGCCCGUUAUACAAAUAAACCCGGACGCGAACCAAUACUUCCAAAUUAAGAACGAUCAAGGUCAACUCAUACAGAUCAAAAAUGACCAGGGCCAGUUCAUUCAGGUCAAGAACGACCAAGGUCAGUUCAUUCAGGUCAAGAAUGAAAUGCUCCAAUUCAAGAACGAGCAUGGCCAAAUAGUUCACAUGAAGAACGAAGGACAGAUAAAUGUACAGAGUGGUCAUUUGAUACAGCAGGCUGUGAUGCAAGCGUUGAAAUCGGAGAAGGAACAGAUCGUGGACACUGUCAUCACUGAUCACUCGUAUACGGAGCCGCCUGUCAAGAAACCUAAAUUGGAGGAGAAGAGAGAGGCUCAAUCUCCUCAAGAAAGCGUGUCGAAGACGGCAGCUAAUCUCUACGCCGCUCUUGCUGCAUCUGCCUUAGAAGAUGAAGACAUGAUACCUCCAAAACCGGAACCGGUGGAGACCUUACCGCCUCCGGUAUUGAUGGGCGGAGCUGGAGAAGGAUCCGUGAUUAUUCAAGAACCUAUUUUACAAGUUCAACAGCCGACUAUGCAGGUUCAACAGCCUACAUUACAGGUGCAACAGCCUACGUUGCAGGUUCAGGCUCCUACUUUACAGGUUCAACAACCAACAUUGCAAGUUCAACAGCCAAUGCUGCAGGUGCAACCGAUGGAUGUACAAAACAUUAUAGCAUCGCAGUCUGGCCAGAUCAUUUUGCAAGAGAAGACGAUAUCGUCCCAGCCGACGCAAUACGUCCAACAACCGAUGCAAAUUAUCGCAACCCCAAGCUCUUCGCAAGGUGGUUUGAGUUACAUUACUCAAAACUUACCUGGUAAUAUGAUGCAGAAAACAAUUAUUAUAGUACAGGGUCCCACAGGAGGUGGUCCUCUUACUUUGACGGUGAACAACCCCGGAGGUCUGGACGAGGCAACGCUAAACAGCCUUAUUGCGCAGGCAACAGAGGCCAUAACCCAACAGCAAAUUAUCCAGAACGCACCCCAAAUAACUCCGAGCCAGCAACCAAUUAUAACCGCUCAACCGCAACCACAUAAAGCUCAAAUCGUCAAUCAACCGCAGGCCCAACAAAUAGUGGUUACCCAAAAACAACCGCCGGCCCUAAUAAGCACUUCAUCCGGCAGCCAAAUUGUGGGCAACCAACAAAUUAUAUCUGGCAACCAACAAAUUAUUUCCGGCAACCAACAAUUAAUACAGGGCAACCAGCAAAUUAUAGCGGUUUCUAACAACCAGCAGAUUAUAGUGAAUGCUCCUAUGAAACCGGGCGUUCACAGAGUAGUUCAACAACCAAGAACUCAAGUUGUAACUAAUGUGCAACAGACCUUUGUUAGCCAACCCACUGCUACUGUACAGAGCGAAAUUAAACCUACAGUAAUACAGGCGAAUACGAAACCUUCGCAACCAGUGGCGAUGCGGCAAGUGAUCACCCGUCAGCCGGUGAUGAUCGGCAACACGAAGAUAGGCGAGAAAGAGAUGGUUGUCACGCAGCCCGUGCCUAUCGAGGCACCUAAACCUACAACGUUGAAGUCUGGAUCGACGCCAUCACCUCAAUCUACGACACAACCGCAGACCAGCGUCCAGGAAGACACGCCGUGGAUAUGCCAUUGGAGGGGGUGUGGCAAGACGUUCCCGAAUUCCUCGGACGUUUUCACGCACGCGGCUAAAACGCAUUGCCCAAUGAACGCGGGCGGCGAAGCGCCCUGCAUGUGGCUGGACUGCGACCGAGUGCCGAGGAAGACGUUCGCUCUACUCAACCAUUUGACUGACAAGCAUUGCAGUCCUCACGCUCUGAAAGCGAUUUACAACGCAAGACGACACACUGCAGCAGAAGCCGAGAAUAAUAAACCAGUUACUCUCGGCUACCCACCUAACGCAGCACUCGCUGCUUUGAACAAACACGCUGCUGAUAUGUUCAACCCUAGGGAGUUGAUGGAUGAGAACGAAGGUCCCGUGACAAAGAGUAUUCGAUUAACUGCUGCUCUCAUUUUGAGGAAUAUUGUUAUAUACUCAAAUACUGGUAGAAGGCAACUCCGUUCGUACGAGGCUCAUCUGGCUUCGAUCGCGCUCAGCAGUGUAGAAGCUUCCAGAACGAUCUCUCAAGUGCUAUACGACAUGAACAAUAUUUGAGAAUCAGUGUAGGGGCAAUGCCCCAGUUUUUUUAACGACGACGCUUCUUUACAAUGAGACGAAACAUUAAUCUAUGCCAUCACAGCUCACCUUUAAUUGAAUACUGACUUGACUAUCAAAGACUUCUGUCUGCAUUUUUUUUGUAUACUUCCGUGCGGCCAACAAAUAAUGUGAUUGUGAUAGGCAGUGUCAGUUCCUUAAGUUAACAGAAUUAGAGUUUAAAUCUAAAGAAACUUUUCAUAGAAAAAAUCCUCACGUACCAGACAGCAGACGGGACUCGAACCCGCACCCUCCGCUAUCCAGGCGGAUGCACUGUCCAUUAUGCUACCGUUAAGUACCGUUAAGUUUUUAGAGCAGAAAUAGAGUUUAUUUUGUUUGUGUUGAAUGUGAAGUUUUUCUAUGAUAAAGUACUUAAAGCUGAAACCCCUAUUAAAAUAUCCAAAAUUCUGAUUUUCAACUGUCAUUCCUUUAUGUAUAAUGGCUAAUCACUUGACAGUAGCGAGGCUGUGAUGAUAAGUCUCAAAGCAAACUAUCAUAAAAAGGAGAAAAAGAGAAGUUUAUUUUCGGCUCUCUUUUAUUCUGUCGCCAUAAGGAACUGACAUUAACGCAUUCUUUCAGUGGCCGCAUUAUAAUCAUUCAAUCAUUGAAUACUGGCAUAUUAGCACUUAGGUCAAAUUUGAAUAACUUACAAUAUUGAGGUGUUUACACAUUUUUUUGUAUACUAGGUAUGUGUCUAAUUUUAAAGUAAGCUAUUAAUGACAGCGAUAUUUCUGUUUGAACAAUAUAGAUGGCAUUAGGACAACCUUUUGUUUGUAUGUCUUAAGUACUAAUAGGUCAGUAUUCUUUUAAGCGUGCUAUAGGUUAAUCAAAGUUUUCAUUUUGACAUGGGGACUUUUGCAUAAAAGUAUUUUAUAGUUAUAUGAAGAGUAUUUUGGAUACUACCGAUUUGGUUCACGGAGAAUGAUAACCUUAUGCGUUUUUACGAAUGUGUGGCCUAGGUACUGUCAUUUAGUACCUGUCAUUUAAGAAAACCUUAAUUGGCGUUUGUUAUGUGCAAAGUGGACCACUGUCCUGCUUUUUUACACUGAAUGCUAAUCAUAAAAAUCAAAAUCAUUUAUUCAGUUUAGGCUGUUACAAGCACUCAUGAAUGUCUAGACCUACGCCAUCGGUUCGUAAAUCUACGGCGGGAGACUUUAUACUGAGAAGAACCGGCAAGAAACUCAGUAAGGGCUGUUUUUUCUCCCUGUUUUUUGCUUAAUCCUGUACUUACAUUACGUGACAAUUUACACUGUAUUUCAUAGGGAAUCUGUAUCUGUAUAAUAGCUACAACUAUUACGGCUCAGAGACGUCAGUAAAGUUUUAGGUUUAAAUGUUGCUGUCACUUCUUUCGUUUAGAAGACAAAAAA